AUGGAAAAAUUGAAAUAACUAAUAUCACAUAUUUCUAGCAUUUCAGUUGAGCUGAAAAAGAACAAUCAACCUGUUAAUCCUCUAUUCUCUUACUUAUUAGUAAUCCUAGGCACAGUUCAAUUGGUAAAACUCCUUAACAAAUCUUACAGUGACUUGCUCUAUCCUACUUUAAAGCGUUUGUUUUACUUUAUCUUUAAAAGGAGUCAUAGAUUACUGACGAAAGAUCCCUUCUUAGUGACGUAGAAUAAAGAAAAAUUUGUUCUAAUAUAUGGUGCUACUAAUCACAUGGGCUAGCAAACAGCUAAACUGUUUGCUAAGUACAAUUAUUCUCUAAUCCUAGUAGACUCAAGUCUAGAUAAGCUGUAGAAGCUUAGCGAAGAACUAGGCAAGAUAUUCCCAGGUCUCACUGAUGAUCAUGGGUUUACCAGCGAGAGAAUUAAAAUUAUCAACAUAAAUUUCGCUAUAUGGAAGGACUCAACAAGUUUAGAGCAUAAAAUUAGAGAGACUAUAACCCUAAGCAUGGAGAUACCUAUCUUUGUAAACUGCAUCUCAUUCCUUAAUGAGUGGCAGGUCUGUGAAGACAAGUUAUUCCAUGAGAUUCAAUUCGAUUAGAUCUACUAGUAUGCGGGAAAUACAAUAAUAGGCUUUACCAUAUUUUUCAAUUUCUUUAGUAGACUAAUAGUCCAUAAAAAGUAGCAAUCCUGCUUAAUAAAUCUCAUAAAGAAAGAAGUGAAGCCAUUUGACAGAACUAGCUAUGCCAUGGCCUUGCUUAGAGUUUUAUACUUCCCUUUCUAUUAUCAUACUUUGAUGGAAAGAAUGAAUCUUAUGCACUAUGGUCUUAACAAGUAUAUUGAUGAAGUGUGUGAGAAUGCAGCUUACGGAUAUCCUUUACUCAAGAAUUUCAGUGUUAUCAUUGAUAGUAGAGAAGCUAGAUCUUAUGAACUUAAAAGACUUGAAAAUAAGUUAAAUCUAUUACGAUAUUGA